AUGCUCGCUCAUGGGCCGACAUUCACAAAAUUCUCAACCACAAGCAUACUGAUUCUAUCAUGUCUUUUUUUCGUCCUCUAUUUCUACCCUGGGAGACUAGAAACACCAGAAAACUACUCUACACAUAAUCCAUCCACAGAGGGCAUCCGAAUGGCAUUGCCGCAGAUCCCGGAGAAGAUCUGGUACAAAGUUGGACCCGAAGGAUUGAGCGAGCGGUCCCACGAAUGGCUAGACGAUUGUCUCCGCAAAAACCCAGCUCAUACUGCGCAGAUCAUGACGGACUUCACGGGCGAUGAAUAUGUGCAAGCAAACUACGCCCAUCGUCCCGAUAUCGUCGCCACCUACCUUGAUCUGGCGGUGCCGAUCCUCAAAGCCGAUUUCCUGCGCUAUCUGCUUCUUUUCGCUGAAGGUGGCAUCUGGUCUGACCUUGAUGUCUCGUUUGGCGAUGUACCCAUCAGAGAAUGGAUCCCCGAGACAAUGCGUGCUAAGGCUAGGCUUGUUGUUGGGUGGGAAUUUGAUGUCGGCUGGGGAGAGGGUUUUAUUCGACAGUUUGAGAGCUGGAUGAUCUUGGGGGCGCCUGGAUCACCGCAUCUUUUGAUGGUGAUCAAUGAUAUUAUGGAUGGGAUUCGUCAGAAGACGGAGAGGUACGGGGUUCCGGUGUCGGGGUUAACUUUGGAUAUGACGGGUAAUGUGAUCGACUUUACGGGGCCGAGGCGGUUCACUCGUGGGGUUUUGAAGAGCUUGGAAUUGGCUCGCGAUGAAAAGAUCGAUGUGGCAAGUAUCUCGAACCUCUUAGAGCCUGUUUUGGUCGAGGAUGUUGUGAUCUUGCCGGGAUAUUCGUUCGCUGCAUUGUCAAAUUCUUAUGGUAAUGGGACAACUGGUCCUGCAUUGGUCCAGUAUCAAUAUGCUGGAAGUUGGAGGAAUCAAAAUGGAGAUGAGAUGUGA